CUUUAUAACGUAUAAAAAGAAAGGUUUACUCCUUUAGUAUAGCACAACCGUCAACAAAAUAACUUAGCUAUGAUCUCACAGUGUGUUCUUCUCUUUGCAUUCUGUGGCUUGUCUUUAGCCCAUUUGGGUUACAUGGGUGAAGGCCACUACCCUGUUUAUGAGCACCAUGCACCCAAACCCUACAAAUUCGGAUACAGCAUCAAAGACAAACACGGAGAACAACACAGAGAAGAAUCUGGAACCGGUGGACAGCACGUUGUCGGAAGCUACGGGUUCACUGAUGCCCGAGGAAUCAAAAGACAAGUGAACUACGUUGCUGACAAAGCUGGAUUCAGAGCCAAGGUCCAUACCAAUGAGCCAGGCACCGCCAACCAGAACCCAGCCGCAGUACUCAUCGCCUCCGAUGCUCCAUACGUUGGUGGUGAAGGAUACUUGGGUGUACCUGCCGCAACUGCAGGAUACGGUCUUGGAUACGGAUAUGGUGGUGUUGGAGCUGGGUAUGGAGGUCGUCGAUAUGGCGGAGCAUAUGGUGGAUAUGGAGGAGCUUAUGGUGGAUAUGGAGGAGCUUAUGGUGGAUAUGGAAUCUUAGGUGGCCUGGGAUAUGCAAGAUAUGGAUACUAGUCGAAACUAAAAAGAAAAGUCUAAUUGUUAGUUUUUAGAGCGGAACCUUUCGAAAAACUUUUUAAUUUUUGUAAAUAUUUCAAUCAUUAUUUAAUGUUUUUUUCAGUAAAUUAAUGUAAAAUAUUAUGUUUAACAAAGCUUUAUAACGCGUCUAUCUAUUCCAUCUGUAUCUGUUAAAAAUUAAUACUGUGUGAUUUCAUAAAUUUUUAAAUAUCAUGUUAAUAAAACCCUUGAUUCGGUGCA